UUCGCGCUCCCCGCCCUGCCGGCUGGCGGCGCCAUUUGCUGCCCCUGCGCCCCCUCCCCAAAAUGGAGGCGCGGCCCCUCUCCCUCUCGGCAGCGGGAGGCGAGGCCCGCACUCCCUCUGGGCACGGAGCGGGACCAGCCCCGCAUCCCCCGCCGCCCGCAGUGCUUCAUGGCCACAGCAGGGUAUUAAACAAUAUUAGAGGAAACCGACAUCAAGUCCUAUAAUUUCCACGCAGCUGGUUGGAAAAGCAGUUGUCAUUGCCCUCUGGGUGCAGCAUGGCAUUUGGACUUGGUGUUCUCUGCCUGUUACUAUGGGCAAUAACAGGAUCCUAUUGUGAGCAAUGCAGAGAAGGAGCUACGUACGCAGGUGCAGUAAUAUCUCCCAACUUAGAGACCGCUAAAAUUAUGCGAGUUCCUCAUGCUACGUCAGUGUCAGACUGCAUCACAGCGUGUUGUGACCUCUCAGGUUGUGACUUGUCUUGGAUGUUUGAACGGCGCUGUUAUAUUGUGAACUGCCAACACAAAGAGAACUGUGAACCUAAAAAAAUUGAAACGGUGAAGUCCUAUCUAAUCUUCGUGCUAAGGCCUUCUCAGAGGCCAGCCUCGCUGCUGGGAUUUGGACAGGUGAUCCCAAGCAUGGUCCACUCUGGGGGACGCCAGAAUGAGCCAUCUGAGGAAGUGAGUAGCCUGAAGGAGCUGUCUUUGCUUGGCAAAGAUCUCAGUCUUGAGGAGAUACCUGAAUACAUAGAUGACUAUAAAGACUUGGAGCAGGACCCCUUCCAGGUGAGCAUCAAACAUGAACAGAAGGAGAGCACAGAUUAUGCUGACUGGGGCCUGAUGGUGGCAGGUGAAAAUGGCUUCAACUCUUCAGUGGUUGAUGAUGGAGAUAACCAGGAAGACUUUCCCGAAAAGGAAGGGGAAGCUGUAAAAGUGGAAGGCCUUCUGAAUAAAAACAGCUCUGAAGUGAGCUCUGUUAGUGAACGUGAACAGCACUACAUAGAGAGGUUGCCUUCUCUCCCAGAGAUUACACCGUUACCUGGGAAGACAUCUGGAAGCAGAGCAGCUGUUCAGCUGCUUGCACAACCCAAUGAUGCUUUGCAAGAAGAGGUUCCUACACAUUCCCUUCUUUCAGAUGAAGUGGAAUUCUCCCCAGGUGUGUCAGAGAAAACCCAGACUCCCACAGUGGCUCCAGAGAACAUCACUGAAGGAGGGGUCAUGCUGCUUCCCACUAAUAUUGUGCCAUCUGAGCCCAUGCAGCAGUUCCCGACUCCUGCUAAUGCUCCUAAAGCAGAUAUGGUAAAAGAACUUACUGUAUCUGCUGGAGAUAACAUACAAGUGAUACUACCCAAAAAUGAGGUUGAACUGAAUGCCUUUGUUGUCCCACCACCGCCUACAGAAACAGCCUACAACUAUGAGUGGAGCUUAAUCAGUCACCCUGCUGACUAUGGUGGUGAAAUGGAGCACAGGUACACCCAGACACUGAAACUGUCUCAUUUAUCGGUGGGACUUUAUGCCUUCAAAGUGACGGUUUCUGGUGAAAAUGCCUUUGGAGAAGGUUUUGUAAAUGUCACUGUCAAACCAGCAAUCAGAAUUAAUCAGCCACCUGUUGCUGUUGCUUCACCCAAAGUACAAGAAGUUUCUUUGCCUACAACUUCCACCUUCAUAGAUGGCAGUCAAAGCAUAGAUGAUAUGAAGAUAGUGAGUUAUCACUGGGAGGAAAUUAAAGGCCCUUUGCGAGAGCAGAAGGCAUCUGCUGACACACCUGUCUUGCACUUGUCUAAGCUUGUUCCUGGAAACUACACUUUCAGGCUCACAGUUAUUGAUUCAGAUGGAGCAGCCAACUCUACAAUUGCAUCUCUGACUGUCAACAAACCAGUAGAUUACCCACCUAUUGCUAAUGCAGGACCUAAUCAGGCAGUCACCUUGCCCCAAAACUUCAUCACACUGAAUGGAAACCAGAGCAGUGAUGACCAUGAAAUUGUCAGCUAUGAAUGGUCACUCAGUCCUAAAAGCAAAGGCAAGGUGGUAGCAAUGCAGGGAGUGCGGACUCCGUACCUCCAGUUAUCUGCAAUGCAGGAAGGAGAUUAUACUUUUCAGCUGACUGUCACAGACUCGGCAAGGCAGCGCUCCACAGCUGAGGUCACUCUGAUAGUACAGCCUGAAAAUAACAGUCCUCCAAUAGCAGUGGCUGGCCCAGACAAGGAAUUGACCUUCCCAGUAGAAAGUACAACACUGGAUGGAAGCAGAAGCCAAGAUGACCAAGGCAUAGUCUUCUAUCACUGGGAAAAUAUAAGUGGGCCAAGCUUUGUACAAAUGGAAAACGGUGACAAAGCAGUAGCAACUGUGACUGGUCUUCGGGUUGGCACCUAUCGCUUCAGGCUGACAGUAAAAGACCAGCAGGGUUUAAGCAGUGCAUCUGUGCUGUCAAUUACUGUGAAGGAAGAAAACAACAGUCCACCCCGGGCACAUGCUGGUGGGAAGCAUGUGCUGGUGCUUCCCAAUAACUCUGUUACCUUGGAUGGCUCAAGAUCUUCUGAUGACCAGGGGAUUGUGUCAUAUUUGUGGAUUCGGGAUGGUCAAAGCCCAGCAGCUGGGGAUGUGAUCCGUGGCUCAGACCAUGAGGCAGUACUGCAGCUAACCAAUCUAGUGGAAGGAACCUAUACUUUUCACUUGAAAGUGACAGAUGCCAAAGGAGAUUCAGAUAUUGACUCUGCUACUGUUGAAGUGCGGCCUGAUCCCAAAAGGAGUGGUCUUGUGGAGCUGAUUCUGCAAGUUGGAGUGGGACAGCUGAGUGAACAGCAGAAGGACACCCUGGUGAGACAGCUGGCUGUAUUACUGAAUGUCUUGGAUUCAGAUAUCAAAGUUCAGAAGAUACAAGCCUACUCAGAUAUAAGCACUGCAGUUGUAUUCUAUGUCCAGAACGGGCAUCCUUCCAAGGUGUUCAAGGCAUCAGAUGUCUCUCGGACUCUGCAUGUGCAGCUUUUGAAAGAGAAGGCUGACUUCCUGCUUUUUAAAGUCUUGCGGGUUGACACAGCUGCAUGUCUUUUAAAAUGCUCUGGACAUGGACACUGUGACCCUAUAACAAAGCGCUGCAUUUGCUACCAGCUGUGGAUGGAAAACUUGAUUCAUCGUUACCUGAGUGAUGGCGAGAGUAAUUGUGAGUGGAGUAUACUCUACGUGACUCUAUCUGCUUUUAUUUUGAUUGUGGUCACAGUAGGGCUUGCCUGGUUCUGCAUCUGCUGCUGCAAAAGCAGAAAGAGGACAAAGAUAAGAAAGAAAACAAAAUAUACCAUCCUAGAUAACAUAGAUGAGCAGGAGAGAAUGGAGCUGCGACCCAAAUAUGGUAUAAAACACAGAAGUACAGAACACAACUCCAGUCUGAUGGUCUCCGAAUCAGAGUUUGACAGUGAUCAGGACACUAUCUUCAGCAGAGAAAAGAUUGAAAGAGAGAAUCCUAAAACCCUUUUGAAUGGAUCAAUCAGAAAUGGAGUUUCUUUCCACUACAGCUCCAAAGACAGAUAACUGAAUGAGGGAGCUGGGAACUCGAAUACUUGACUGCAAUAGAUUUGAUCUCCCCACCAAAUGCUGAGAUCCAGGGCUUCACACCACAUACAGGCCUCUCACAUACAACAGGAAUACAUUCCUCUUACAGUAAGAAGACUCAACAGGACAAACUUCAGCCAGCCCAUAGUAUUAUGCUCUAUAUUCUCUGCUCUCCAGCUUUUUCUUCCACAGCAUCUUUCCUUUACUGCUUCUGCUAAAUAUCUAGUGUGCCUUUGUCUAUGAACUUAUCUUCUGGUACAUGUCAGUGCAGUCAGCAUCCUUCAGUUUUAUGAAGUCAGUCACUUGUGUGUUGGGUUUGUUUUAUGUUUUUGAAGCCUGGUGCUGAAGCCUAGGAGAUGGUUCUUUCAAGGAAUUUAAAAGAAAUUCUCCCACAUGGACACACUUACUGUGGGCUUCAAUCUUCAGACCAGUGGCAAGCUCAUGUACCAUGAGAAUAUCUGCACGAUUUGUCUAAAUAUUUCUCACUCUUAACAAGUAAGAAACUAGUCUAAUGUUUCUUAUUGAUUAAAGCCUUACCAAGUUGAAGCUGCUUACUGAAUUCUGUUCUCUAGAUGACACUGACGUUUUAGUGGCUAACAGUAUUUUUAGCUGUGUUUUGAAAGCUGGAUUUUUGAGCAGCUUCUAGUUCUACUGGUUUAAUUCUUCCAUAUUCUUGGAAGGAAAAGUCUUUCAUCAUACAUAAUACCAGGCUUGCUAUUAGUAUGAAACUUGCACCAAAGUUUAAAAUAACAGUUUCUGGCUGUAUGAAUUUGUGAUAUCACAUGUUAGUGUCAUUUGGCCAACCAUGAUUUUGUCAAGAAUUUAGGAGUG